AUGUACAAGUGCAUUACAUGCCAACCGUCACUCCAAACAAAUGAUAACUACUAUUCAUUUGCAAAGGCAACUCCUGGUAUCAAUAAACCACCAAAAGUUAGGAAACCUCCUUAUAUUCCAACUAAUAUUCAAUGUUCAGGCUUAAAUGGUGGACAAAAUGCAUUGUCGCCAAAGCAUACACUUUGUGGUGAUUUAAAUCUUGGAUUCAUCCCAAAGAAUCCAAUGGGACAGGAUGUCAUGGAUCAGCCAUAUCCAUUUGAAAUCAUCAAAAACAAAACCCUUCAUUUUUUGGCUAAUGCGCUACCAGUGCUUAAACAGAGGAUAAAUACGAUCCCAAAAGUGGCAAAACUAUACAAUCGACAUAAACAGCAAGAUAUUUAUGAUAACAUAAACGGAGCGCCAUAUCAACGAAGAUUCAUCCGUGAAGUCAAAAAUGAUGUGUCAAUUAAUGAAACCAAUGUUAAGACUGAUAUGAAUGUAACUGACAUUUUAAGACAGACUCUUUGUGACGGCAAUUCAAUAUGUCAGGCAAUAGAUGCGCUUAAAACUGACGGUCCGUUUUCAAAAAAUUUUCUGACUAACGUUGUGUCGGCAGUCAGUAACGCGGCAGCAAUCGGUAAUUUAGGUUCAAUGAGUAAUUUAGCCUCAAUCGGUAACUUAGCCUCAAUUGGUAAUUUGGCCUCAAUGGUCAACCAAUACGGCACUCAAGUGUUGUCCACUUUGUCGGCAUUUGGCGGUUCAAACAAUGCUAAUUAUAAUCCAUUGAUUUCUAUAAUUGAUUAUAUUUUAAGUUAUCAAAACUCGAAUAAAGUUCCAUCGAGACGACGAAAACCACUCGAACCCGAAGAUCUAUUGCCAGAACCAUCGGAUCAACCGACCACUCCUUGUCCAGCAAUUGAAGAAUAUAUAUCACCGACAUUUGCUCGUAAUUAUCAAGGAAUCUGGAAAUAUGUGGUUCAGAUUCCCAGUGAAGGAUAUUUCACGCAAACCAUUCAAAAAACAACCUGUUUGAAAACCAAAUGUGACCUAGUAGAGGGUGGGGCUUGUACUGAAUCACAAAGAUGGGUCAGUUUACUAGUGGCUGAAAUAUUUUAUCCUGACGUCUACUUUCCAGUAAAUCCCGAACCGGCUGUAAAUUAUAAUCAAAAUAAUCAAAUAAUAAGCGUUAAAAAUAAUCACAAAUUAAAAACAAGAGUAACACCAUUGCAUUUGCAACCGUUUGGCAAUGAUUUGAGACGAAUGGAUGUCUCGGAUGAACCACAACCAACACAACCACUUCAACCGCAAUCAAAAGUACAACAACAACACCAACAACAACAACACCAACACCAACAACCAUCCCGACCAGUAUUACCACAACUGGCAAAACAGUAUAUCACUCCACGAAAUGCCAGAAAAAUGAUGAACAAACCUAAACAUCCAGAUUAUGAUAUGGAGGACGAGUUGACCACAAAGAGUACUAAACAACAGACCAAAGAGUGUGAUGGUUACGAUAAAAUCGGUUGUUUUGUGGUCCGAGUCUAUUACGACUGGUUUCUGGUAAACGGCAGCUGUAAGUGCUGGAAGUCUACCAAAGGCUCGCAAUUAAAUAGUAUUAAUGAAGCCAUCAAAAGGAUAUUCAUAGGCAAGUGGUAG